AUGGAGAGCAGGUCCUCACUUACGGAGAUCGUCUACAUCUGGUACAAGAACAGAGAGUUCCUCUAUGAGGACUGGUCUCCCUGGUACCAACAGCUGGUCAGCAGUGAGGAAGCAGUCACAUACUCCUGUGCUGUCAAAGGACACGAGCAUCUCAGAGCACCAGAAGUCUCAGUGGAUUCUGUCACAUCGACCUGCUUUAAUGUGACCUACGCUAAAGGGAGGAUGUGUUCUUAUAAGCAGACAUCAGUGGAUGAGCCCUGCUCCAUCACAUAUCCCAGAGAAGUGUAUGUCCAGAGGACACCUGCAGGGAGCCACGUCAUACUGACCUGUCACACAAGCUGUCUUCUGACUGCCCAUCAAACUGCAUAUAAAGGCUACAAGAACAGACAUGCAGUUGAAAGUUUCUCCUGUGCUGUAAAAGGCCUUGAGGAUCUGCGUUCUGCUGAAGUCUGUAUUAAGGGAAACAACUGCUGGAGUGUAAAUUAUGUCAGCAGAAGAAUUUGUGCAUCAGAGGGCUCUUCAGCGAACAUUUCAAGUGAAUACUCGUAUCCUGAAAACCAGCAUCUGAAGUCUAAAUUUUGGUAUAAAAUUAAGAGAGUGGGCACCAAAGCUGUUGAAAAACUGACUGAGGACGCAGGUCGCGUGGAGUAUCAUGAAAACAGAGAGAACCAGCACACCCUGAAAAUUAGAAAUCUGAAUAAGAAUGACUCAGCAGAAUACAUAUUCAGAGUCAUAACAAAUGAAGGAGGAUGGAAACAGUCGGGUUUUUCAGUUGUUAAGCUGACAGUCACAGGUCUGAAAGUGAAGUUCACUCCCUCUGCAGUGGUGACAGAGGACCAGAGAGUCACACUGACCUGCAGUACCAGCUGUCCUCUGACUGACGACACAAACUACAUUUGGUUCUUCAACAGUCGACCUUUGACCCUGACAGGGAGCCAAAACAAACACCUGAUUCUAGACCCAGUCAACAGUCUGCAUGCAGGAAACUACUCCUGUGCUGUCAAAACCCAGAGAGACUUCACAUCCCCUGAAGAGGCUCUGACUGUUCAAGCUUCUGGGAAGUCAAUGGCGAUAAUUAAUGCAGUGAGACUGACUGUUGCAUUACUGAUCGUGAUUCCUCUUCUCUUCCACCUGUGGUUGAGUAUAUGGACAUAAAUCUCAUGGGUUUGAGGUAUUUGUGCAAGUUUGGUGACAAAGAAUGAUUCACGUGCUGCAGAAGCACCUUUUGAGUUCAGAUGCAGUGUGCAUGCAUAACUGCAAAAUACUGAGAUCACAAAAAGCUGAAUUAUCUGAUCUCAGCCAAGUUUUCUUUAAAAUGUUAGACAGCUUUCAAACAGUCUGCAAGUGAAUGAGUCACUGAAGUAUUAUUUUGUAUUUUUCCAUUUAAUAGUUGGUAAGAAAUGUUCCUAUCGUGGCGCUGGAUGAAAAGUCACUCACUAGAUGAGAACUGUGAACGUUUGCACCAAAUUUUAUGCUAAUCCAACCGUAGGUUUCUGAGAUAUCAGAUAACAUGUCAUCCUUUGAAAAAUGCUGCAAGUGUGGCCAAAAAGUAUUUUCCUAAAGCCACAACAUGAAGGCUUUCAAUUACUAAUAGUUGCAUUUUGAAUCAUAUUUCCCAGUUCUCCUAGUUUCAUGUACAGUACAUCAUCAAGCUGAAAAUUAUCCAGAGACCUAAUGAAUGUUAUCUUG